AUGUUGCGGCUGCUCACGGCGAGCUCCGCGCUCCUGCCCCUCCUCUGCCAGAUCCCGGCCACGACUGCGCAAGAAUGGCCCGUUCAAGACAGCGGCUACACCGACGCCGUCCAAUGGGAUCACUACAGCUUCAUCGUCAACGGCAAGCGCGUCUACGUCUUCGGUGGCGAGAUGCACCCGUUCCGCUUGCCCGUCCCCGAGCUCUGGAAGGACAUUGUGCAGAAGACCAAGGCGCUGGGCUUCAACACCUUCUCCUUCUACACCAACUGGUUCUUCCACAACCCGCACCCCAACCAGACCGACUUCGAGCACGCCGCCCACGACAUCAGCCGCCUGCUGGAAUACGCCAAGGAGGCCGGCCUCUUCGUCGCCGUGCGCCCUGGCCCGUACGUCAAUGCUGAGUUGAACGCUGGUGGAUUCCCGCUGUGGGCCACGACGGGCGCUUACGGCGAGCUGCGGGACGACAAUUCCUCGUACACGGCGGCCUGGACUCCGUACCAGGACGAGAUUGCGAAGAUUGUGGCACCCUACCAGAUCCACAAGAACGGUACCGUCAUCAGCUACCAGCUGGAGAACGAGUACGGCGAGCAGUGGCUCAACUCGGCCACCAAGACUCCCAAUGAGGCGGCCGUCAAGUACAUGGAGGAGCUGAACGCCAAUGCUCGCAGGAACGGAAUCGACGUUCCUACCACGCACAACAGCCCCAACUUGAGAGAUUUCUCGUGGUCGACAGAUCAGGAUACUGUGGGCGCUGGUGGCAACGUCGACGUGCUCGGCCUGGAUAACUACCCGCUCUGCUGGUCCUGCGACCAGUCGGAGUGUACCGGCGUUUCCAACGACUACAACCUCGUCGAGUACUACAGCUGGUUCCAGCAGAACACUCCCAACCAGCCAUCCCUGAUGCCUGAGUUCCAGGGUGGCCGCUACAACCCGCUCGACGGAGACGCUGGCCAGUGCUUGGAGCCCAUGGGCCCCGAGUUCCGCAACCUCUUCUACCGCCACAACAUCGACCAGAAGGUGACUGCCAUGAUUCUCUACACCCUCUUCGGCGGUACCAACUGGGGCUGGAUGGCCGCUCCUUUCAUCGGCACCAGCUACGACUACGCCGCCCCCAUUGCCGAGGACCGCACCCUGAGGGACAGCUGGUACGAGACCAAGAGUUUGGCCUUGUUCACCAGGGUUGCCGAGGACCUCCGCGAGGCCGACCGUGUUGGUAACAGCACUACCUACACGACCAAUGACGAGGUCAUCUCGACCGAGCUUCGCAACAAGGGUACCGGAGGCGCCUUCUACAUCGCCCGCCACGCCGACUCUGUCACCGGCAAGCCCGUUUCUUUCAAGCUGCACGUUGACACUUCGGUUGGCAACUUCACCAUCCCGCAGAAGGACGGCGAGAUCGAGCUCAAUGCUCGCGAGGCCAAGAUUGUUCCCACCGACUUCCGCUUUUCUGGCCAGAAGCUGCUCUACUCGACGGCCGAGGUUUUCACCUACGUCGAGCUGGACGGCAAGCCCACCGUCGCUCUCUGGGUGCCCAACGGCGAGGGCGGCGAGUUCCUCCUCGAGGGCUCGGCCAACAUUUCCGCAACGGCCGUCCCCAGCGACAGCGUCAAGUUCCACCAGAGCGAGCACGGCCUGAUCGUCAACUUCGCCAACCAGACGGGCACCACCGUCGUCGACACGGACGCGGCGCGCUUCCUCAUCCUGGACCGCGACUCGGCCUGGAAGACGUUCGCGCCCGUCCUCACGCCCGACCCGCACGCCCCCGUCAACGAGACGAUCCUCGUUUCGGGCCCGCACCUCGUCCGCGAAGCCACCAUCGUCGGCGACACCGUCUACCUGUACGGCGACACCAUCGCCGACACGACCCUCGACGUCUUCGCGCCGGCCGCCGUCACAUCCAUCUACUGGAACGACGAGGCGCUCCGCACCGUCGCCACCUCCCACUGCAGCAUCACCGCCGCCGUCGCCGGGCCCAUGUCCUUCACCCUCCCGCCCCUCUCCAACCUGACCUGGAAGUCCGCGUCCUCGCUCCCCGAAAUCGCACCCAACUACACCCUCUCCCCGAAGGUCUGGAAGCUCGCCGACGAGGACACGACGCCCUCGCAAUUCACCGACGCCACCAAGCCGUACCUCUACAUCGACGCGCUCGGCUUCCACGUCGGCCACCACCUGUACCGCGGCACCUUCACCGGCUCCCCGUCCGCCGUCUUCCUCGCCCUCCAGGGCGGCACCGGCUUCGGCUGGAGCGCCUACCUGAACGGCCGCUUCCUGCACGCCGAACCCGGCUCGUCGGAGCUCGAAGCCACCAACGCCACCAUCGCUCUCCCCGCGAACUCUACCCUCCCCGGCGAAAACGUGUUGACGAUCCUGAUGGACAACAGCGGCCACGAGCAGCGCGCCGAGGCGCUCGAGAUCCGCGGCAUCACCAACGCGACCCUCAUCGGCGGCCAGUUCGACACCUGGCACGUCGCCGGCACCGCCGGCGAGGCCGAAGGCAAGACGCUCGACCCCGUCCGCGGCGUGUACAACGAGGGCGGCCUGCUCGGCGAGCGGCUGGGGUGGCACCUGCCGGGCUUCGACGAUUCGGCCUGGAGCGCCGCCUCGUCCCCGGCGUCCGGCUUCACCGGCGCGGACGUGCGGUUUUACCGGACGAAGGUCGCGCUCGACGUGCCGGCCGGACACGAUGCCGCGGUGCACUUUACGAUGGGCGUGCCGGAGGGGGCGAGUGAGGAUGUCAGGGCGUUGUUGUUUGUGAAUGGAUACCAGUUUGGGCGGUUCAGGCCGGCGGUUAGCACGGCGACGGAUUUCCCGGUUCCGCCGGGGGUGCUGGAUUUUGCGGGCGAGAAUGAGGUCGUGUUGGCGGUGUGGGCGCAGAGUGAGGAGGGGGCGAAGGUCGAGCUCGGGUGGGAGGUGCAGGGUUUCGUGAGGAGUGGGUUGGAUACGAGGUUUGAGGGGGCGUAUUUGAGGCCGGGGUGGAGUGAGGAGAGAUUGGAGUAUGCUUAA